AUGAACGUCCAGACGCUCCUCCCUAUCUCCGACGAGCACCUUCUUUCCGUGCACCCAGACGCCGCAUCGAAUCAAGCGACCCACGACAUCGGCGACAGUCACUUCCACGUGAAAUCCCGCCAAGAGUGGAACGACUUUCUCAGCUCCAGCAUGUUAGUUUUGUCCCUUGACGACCCCAGCAACGACACGUCGAUGGCACUGACCGAACAUGUAAAGCCCGUACCGAUCUCCACCGCAUCUCCGUCGCGUCGCGUGGGCUCCCCGUUGGUAUUGGCGAUGUCUCCACUGGCAUCCCUUCCGUCUGCAGGCGACUCGUCAACCUCCUGGGCAACAUGGCAGCUGUCUAUGCCGUCCGACAGCAACAACGACGACGAGUUAACGGCGGCAAGUAGUCGGAACCCACAACCUCUCAGUCCACUGGGUGUGCCUCUCGUCCACGACAACCAAUCUUUGUCCCAUCAGCAUCGCCUGCGUGCCAAGUCCUUCUCGACUAUGCAAUCACACAAUUCCAUGCAACAGAACCAUUCGUUCGUCGCCCCGCCGCCGCGCUUGUCUUCUCGCCGCCAGCCGCCCGACCAACCCAUGGAACAUCUUCGAUCGUACUCAGAAGACCUCGACACCCACGUGUAUGGCUCAAACCAGGACACGCAAGCACCGCCGCGUGGCAUUCGAUCGUACAGCAUUGGGUCGUUCCCGUCGCCAUCUUUGCAUCCCGCGGCGGACCCGCGCCAAUUCCGCGGUGCGUCGGUGACCAAGAGUCCGUUGCCCCGCCCGCUUGCCCCGCCGCGACAGCAACAACCGACCCAACAACAGCAACCGCCGCUACCGCUGAAGGCGUCCGCCUACGAGUGGCAGCCCCGCGCCACAUCGGUCCGCGAAGAGCAGCCCUUAUCGUCCUUCCAUGCGACGUUGCCCCCAAUGCCGUUGGACCUGGGGGUCCUGGACACGACGUACGAGGUGCAGUUUAAACGGUGUCGCAAGGACUGCUUCGCUGGCAUCUGCGGCUACUCCGUCGGCGAUUACGUCAAGGUGGAGGGCGACCGCGGUGAAGAUGUCGGUCGUGUGCUUGGAACGAUCACGAACGACUCGAAGGACGACUUGACACACUCGGCGUCGGGCAGCGUGAAGCGAAUCAUGCGACUGGCAAGUGAUGCCGAGUGCGAUCUGCUUCGUCAACAGCAUAAGGAAGAGCAGGAGGUGCUCCAUGUGUGUCGAACCAAAGUCCGCCAGCGCAUGCUGCCCAUGAAUGUGAUUGAUGCCGAGUACCAAUUUGACCGCCACAAGCUCACGUUUUACUUUGAAGCUGAGCGGUACAAUAUGUUGUCGACAUGUUUUUCCAAUCAUUUUCGCACACUGUAA